ACAGUGAAAGCUAACACCAUGUUUCCUGAUGAUAUCUCCCAAGGGUAACAUGUAAAGUGUGAAAGGUAACAGUUUGUAUAGAAUGACCCCAUAAAACAUGGAAACCAGUGUGUGUGUGUGUGUGUGUUUGCAACUCUACAGAAGGAGGAAUGAGGAAGCUGCUUUAGAGACUCGCAGACACACCUGUUUUACACGUCACUGAAACAAAGAACCAGGAAACAGGAAUCACCUGAGUUCAGGGAAAGAGAAACUGAAGUGUAGUUGAGCUGUUGUGUUUUUGUGACUCUGUAUUCAUGCAGUAAAAUGGCAGAAGCCAGAGUUUCUCAGGAUGAGUUCAUGUGUUCAGUGUGUCUGGAUCUCCUGAAGGAUCCAGUGACCAUUCCCUGUGGACACAGUUACUGUAAGAGCUGUAUUACAGGCUGCUGGGAUCAGGAGGAUCAGAUGAGAGUCUACAGCUGCCCUCAGUGCAGACAGACCUUCAGUCCAAGACCUGCUUUAGCUAGAAACACCAUGCUGGCUGAAGUGGUGGAGAAACUGAAGAAGAGGAAACGUCCUGCUGACUGUUACGCUGGAGCUGGAGAUGUGCAGUGUGACGUCUGUACUGGAAGAAAAUACAAAGCCGCUAAGUCCUGUCUGGUGUGUCUGAACUCUUACUGUCAGAAUCACCUCGAACAACAUGAGAGUUUGUUUAAAGCAAAAAGACACAAAGUGACCGAUGCCACUGGACGACUGCAGGAGAUGAUCUGCCAGAAACACGAGAAGCAUCUGGAAAUGUACUGUAUUACUGACAAACAAUGCAUUUGUCUGCUGUGUACGAAAUAUGAACAUAAAAACCACAACAUUGUAUCAGCUGCAGCACAGAGGACAGAGAAAAAGAAGCAACUGAAGAAGAUGCAGAAGACGUUCCAGCAGAGAAUCCAGCAGAGAGAGAAAGAUCUUCAGCAGCUGAGAGAGACUGUGGAGUCUCAUAAGCGCUCUGCACAGACAGCAGUGGAGGACAGUGAGAGGAUCUUUACUGAGCUCAUCCGCUCCAUUGAGAAAAGCCGCUCUGAGCUGAUACGGCUGAUCAGAGAUCAGGAAAAGCAAGCAGUGAGUCGAGCUGAAGGACGACUGGAGCGACUGGAGCAGGAGAUCAAUGAUCUGAGGAGGAGAGACGCUGAGCUGGAGCAGCUUUCACACACACAGGAUCACAUCCAGUUCCUGCAGAGUUUCCAGUCUCUCUCAGCACCUCCUGAAUCUACAGACGUAAAUGACGGUCCUUUCAGUUUUCUCUUUUCUUCUGAAGGCCUGAGAGAAUCUGUCCAUCAGCUGAGAGACAAACUGGAGAAUUUCUGCAAAGAGGAUCUCAAGAAGAUCUCAGACAGAGUCACAUUCACCAACAUUGUUCCCAGAACCAGGAAGGACUUCCUACAAUAUUCCCAUCAGCUCACUCUGGAUCUGAACACAGCACAUAAACGCCUCCUCCUGUCUGAGAGCAACAGUGUGAUUACCAACACUGACACAGAUCAGUCGUAUCCUGAUCAUCCAGACAGAUUUGAGUAUUCUGCUCAGGUGUUGUGUAGAGAGAGUGUGUGGGGACGCUAUUACUGGGAGCUGCAGUGGAGUGGAGAUAAAGGUGUGUUUAUAUCAGUGUCAUAUAAGAGCAUCAGCAGGAAGGGACGGGGUAAUGAGAGUUGGUUUGGAUCUAAUGAUCAGUCCUGGAGUUUGAUCUGCUCUUCCUCCAGUUACUCAUUCAAACACAAUAACAUAGAGACUCGUCUCCCUGUAAAGUCCAUCAGCAGGAGAAUAGGAGUGUUUGUGGAUCACAGUGCAGGAAUUUUGUCCUUCUACAGCGUCUCUGACACAAUGAGCCUCAUCCACACAGUCCAGACCACAUUCACUCAGCUGCUCUAUCCUGGGUUUUGGGUUUCUGUUGCAACAUCAGUGAAACUGUGUUCAUGAAUCAGAAUAGACUGAUGAGAGAUUCUACCCAUAAUGCUUUGAGCUGCAUGAUAAAUCAGUAACAGUGAGAUAUAUUAUAGAGUCUCUUCUUUUCUCUUCAUGACAUUAAUACUUCAGCUGAACUUCUGUCUGUGAAAUAGCAUGAAUUAGAAUAAUUGCGUGUAAUAAAUCCUCACAUAGACAGCAAGAUCAGUGUGUGUUCUGCUGAGUGACCAUGUGUUUCUGUGCUUUUCUCUGUUUGUGUUGAUAGAAUUCAGACAUUUCGUUUAUGUAACGUCACAGCCAUUAUUUUUAUUAUUACUACCAAAAUGACCUUCUAAUUUAAAUGAUCACACACAAUAAAUCAUUUUAAUUAUUUAUCUUAUGUAGGCAGUUUUCAGCUUUUUGUGUUCUUUUGUCAUUCAGUGUCAUGAGCUGCUGUUUUUAUUGUCAUGCAUUUAAUUAUUAAACACACAUUUAUUGUUAACCAUGUAAUUUUUUAUUUUUUAUUUUUUUUAGGUUACAGUUUGUUAAUAAUUUGUGUUAAAUGUGUAAAUGACAUUAAAGCUGUAG